AUGACCGAAUUACUAUGUGUUCCUUUCAAGCAGACCUUGGCAAUUGACCUUCAAAAGGAGCUUUCCAAUCUGAUAGACUCUACAACGUACCAGACCUCGUCUUUCUUUGCCGAUGACAUAUCCAAAAUAUCUGCUUUAAGAGAAAAGGCUUGCGACUCUGAGGUCAGCGAAACGAAAUUAGAUAACCUCAAGCAAUAUCUGAACUGCCUCACGGACCUGAAAGAGAAGUUUCCUGAUAAUCGAAUUAAAUUUACGUGGUUUCAAACCCUUUCCCAGAAGUCAUAUACUAGUUCACAGUACUCUAUUGAAUUCGAGAAAUUGAAUGUGCUAUACAAUGUGGCUGCGGUCUACUCUUUACUAGCAAUGAAUGCGAAUGAUGGCUCUUUGCUGGCCCUGAAGAAGCUUUGUUCCUACUUUCAACUUAGUGCCGGUUGUUUCCAGUAUAUAGUCGAUCACUUGCAAGAUACCAAGGAGCCAGUGUUUGACAAAUUCACCGGUCUGACAUUAGUCAGCAUGAUGUUAGCUCAAGCUCAGGAGUGUUUUUGGUUCAAAGCAGUUCAGGACGACCAUAAAGAUUCUCUAAUAUCACGGCUGGCGGAACAGACGUCUCAAUUGUACGAUGAAGCCUUUCUCUAUUCGAAGAAAAGUCAUCUGGUGAGAAGCGAUUGGAAUAAUCAUUUAAAGCAGAAAAGUGCCCAUUUUAAAGCGGUCGCUUUGUACAGAAAUGCACUUGCGUUGGGGCAGAAUGGAAAUCAUGGAGCAAUGGUCAGAUCCCUGCGAAUGGCACUGGAGGCAAUUAAGAACAGUAACUUACCAUCAAGGAACGAGUUCGUGCCAAAGAUUGAAGAUGCAUUGAAAAAUACCGAGCGUGAUAAUGACUUUAUAUACUUGCAACCGGUUCCGUCGCAUAUUCCACCAAUAAAGCCGGCCCUGAUGGUGAAACCCCCGUCAAUAGAAGGCGUUCUCAACGAUGAACGAAGUUCAGAUGAUAAGCUGUUCAAGGCACUGGUGCCUAUUCAUGUCAUAGAGUCGUGCUCAGCCUACUCGGAGAGACAACAAGCUUACGUGGAGGAGCAUGUUGUCCGCCCUCUAAAGGCCCUUAAUAAGUUACUCGUGGAUCAGCUUCCAAAGUAUGAGUUACCUUCGAACUUGAAGACCGCUUCAAAGGAGGAGCUGUUGCAUGUUGAACUAUCUCUGCAAGAUCAACGGCAGAAUAAUUCCAGGAUCAAAGGUCUUCUGGAGGAGAUAAGGUACUGCCUCGAGAAGGAGUCCAAAACAUAUGAUAACCUGAGCGCCCGAUAUGGCAGUAUCAAUUGGACAUUACCGGAAUCGUCCAAGCUGAAUAGUGCCUUCUACGAGAAGCUCGAAUCACUGCAAAAGUACCUAAAACAAGGGCAGUCGGUUGAUGAUGAAACCACUGCUUUGUUUCGGUCUAUUGAUCAAGACCUUAUCACAUCCGAUAUAAAACUGCCUGAAAGUAACAGCGCUAUUGUAAAAGAAUGCAACCAAGUGAUAGCGGAGCGCAAUGAUUACUCUGCAAAAGUGCUUCUAAAAUCCUCAGAAUAUAGAAUUCUUCCCAAGGUUAUCAGCGAAUAUCGGAAAAGCGGUGAGAGCGAUUUCGAAGGUCUCUUCAGAGAGCACCUCAAACACUUUGACAUUGAUCUUGCAUAUGUCAAGGAACAAAGCAUUAAAAACCAGAUUUUAUCUGAAAAGAUCCAAGCCGAGGAUAGUUCAAAGACAGUGAAGCGUCUGGAAUCCCGUGAGAUAUACAUUGAAGAUCUUCGAUUUUCGUUGCAGUCACUAGAGGACGUGAAAGAAAAUAUCGAAGAAGGCGCUAAUUUUUAUCAGACGCUCAUGCAAUCUGGCCACGCCUUAUUGACUGAGGUUGAACAAUUCGAAGCUUCGCGCACGGAACAGGGAAGAGAGCUUGAGAAACGUUUAACUGCCAAGAGGUCAGAUCAGUAG